AUGGAAAGUACAAACGUUAACAAUACUAACAACAGCAACAGCAAUAAUAGUAAUAGUAAUAGUACAACCAAUCAACCACAAACUUUAUCAAACUCUUCUAAUAGUGUAUCAAAUAAUAAUAAUAAUAAUAAUAACAGUGUAAAUAAUAAUAAUAAUAAUGAAGCUUCAACAGCAUCAUCGACAGCAACAGUUGCAGCAGAUGUAGGUGUAUCUAAUGCAUCGGUGAAAGCAUCGCUCAAUGGUAUCAAUCAUCAACAUCAGAAACCACUGCCACCCGUGGUUUACAAAUCGGUCGAUGUCAAUGGUGCCUGGAUUAGCAAUAAGCUGAAAGAACGUGAACCAGAGUUCACCAAGAAGGAGAAUAUGGUGAUAUUUCUUGGAACUUGGAAUGUCAAUGGCAAGAAGCCGGCAGAGUCACUCGACCAGUGGCUGUGUCCAGGUGCCGGCGUCGAGGGUGGCGGACUCUCUGCUUCGGCCGGUGCCGCUCUCUCGCCAGACAUCUACGCGAUCGGUUUCCAAGAACUGGAUCUCACCGCCGAAGCAUUGCUACUGGGUGAUACCACGCGAGCAUUGCCAUGGGAGCAGGCAAUCGCCGCAUCACUCGCCACCCAGGGUGAAUAUGUAAAGCUACUGUCGAGACAACUUGUUGGUAUCCUGCUGUUUGUAUACGUCAGGAAGGAGCACCGUCCACACAUCACACACGUACUCUCGGACAUUGCAGCCGUUGGAAUCAUGGGUAUGAUGGGAAACAAGGGUGGUGUUGCCGUACGAUUCCAAUUCUACAACACAUCGAUCUGCAUUAUCAACUCUCAUCUCAACGCACACAUGGAAAACAUACUUCGUCGUAACCAAGAUAUGAAAGAUAUCGCACGUACAUUGAAAUUCGCUGCGGAAGAUGGAUCAACAUUUUUAAAUAUAUUCGAUCAUGAUCAACUAUUUUGGAUUGGUGAUUUAAAUUAUAGAAUACCAUUACCGGAUCAAGAGGUUAGAGAUAAGAUUAUACAGAAAGAUUUUUAUUCAUUGUUUUUAGCGGAUCAGUUAUAUUUACAGAUGAAGAGUGGCGCUGCUUUCGAAGGAUUUCAAGAGCCACCCAUCAGUUUUGCACCCACCUACAAGUACGAUCCUGGAACCAACGAUUAUGAUUCCAGUGAGAAAAAGCGUACUCCAGCUUGGUGCGAUCGUAUUCUUUGGAAGACUCACAAGAAGGCGGAGAACGUCGGAAUCCUCUCGUAUCGUCGUCACGAGCUGUUGUCGUCGGACCAUCGUCCAGUGUCGGCUUCGUUCAUUAUAAAGGUGCGUGUUGUCAUUCCCGACGCCAAGAGUCGUAUCUACCAGGAGAUCGUAAAGGAACUCGACAAGAAGGAGAAUGACUCGAUGCCCGAUGCCACCAUAAACACCAACCAAGUCGAUUUCGAAUCCGUCAGAUUCAUGGUGCCUGUCACACGACAGUUGGUACUGGAGAACGUCGGACAGGUGAUUGCACGAUUCAAAUUCAUUCCGAAGCUCGACGAGCGCAUACUCUGUAAGCCGUGGCUAAAGAUUGCACCGAUAGCAGGCAUGAUGAUUCCAAAGGAGCGUGUCACCAUCGACCUGACAGUACCAAGUCCAUCAUCACCGUUAGCUCAACAAACAUCAGACGCAAUCACUGUCAAAAAGAAAGCUGACUUUAUCAAACAUUUCUUAGUAUCUAAAGAUUUAUAA